AUGCCGAAGUAUUGCGCUGGCUUGGAGGAUCCUGCGGGCGGCGCAGCCAGACCGUGUCUGUUUGCGCAGGACGGGCGUGGUGGACCCGCCCAGCCCACCGGAACACGCUGCGUGCUGUGCUGCGUAGACACUUUGCAGCGGGCGCUCUCUUCCCGUGUAGGCAAAGGGAACUUGCAAAGGCUCCUCAAACAUUGGCGCCGCAUCAAGUCGCCGGUGUACCAAGCUGCCUUUGACUUGGGUUCGCUCUGCGCGUUAUCUACUAACGAGCAGUGUCUUCUUCGCACAAGGGCAGGAGAAGAAAGCAAGUUCGAGUUGCGGACGAGUUGGCUCCACAAGAAGAAGCAACGCCUGAAGCAUUUCGUGAUGGGCCGGCCAAUCCCUGCUGCCAGUCCAGGCAUCAGCGAAGGCAGUCAAAAGUAUUUGAAAGCCGCUGCUCGGUGGCGCCAAGGCAAUCGCGACUUUCGUCUGCAUUGGACGUACGUGCACUAUCGCAAGAAGGAGCCCUUCACCAAUGUCAAGAUGAAGCGCAAGUGCCGCACACAUUGGCGUGGCAAGCACACUGUUGCAAGGGCCUUGCGCCGUGAAUGGUGGAAAGCUCGACGUACCCUGAAGGCAAAGUACUUGGCAUCGAUGGCGGCAGGGCCUCCUUUCCGUAAGUCUGGCUUGAAGUGGGCUAUGGAAGAAGGUAUACUGCAAGCCGGCAUUCAAGUACCUCUCUCGAGUGGGGCGGCACACCUGUGCCAACCAAGGUGGUGCUUUCUGACUCUUGCCGGAGAUACUCUGUACUUCGAAAGCUUCGACGACCGCAAAAGGUUCAAAACGAAGCAGCUUCAGAGUGCCAAGGUUUCCAUCAACAAUGCUUUUGGCAGAGUGGAAUACUCCAUUGAGCAAGAAGAGUAUGUCCACGAGUGGGACUCUAUACGCAACGGUGUGAUAUUCUCGCCGCUGUGUGUAGGCAACAUGUUGGAGAGGCUUGGCUUCAAGUUGCAACUCUUGCGCGAAUACAGCGCCUGGCCAACAGGAGCCAUAAGCCUGCUGCAGAUCCGCAGCACCACAGAGAAUUCCCGUUUCUACGAUUAUUGGACUGCUCUGAAAUCUUUUGAAGACAGAGUGUACUUGCUAGAUGCUUUCCGGAGGGGGCCUGCCUUGAUAGGGAACAUGCAACAUACCGUGCAAAUUUACACAACCUACGCCGUGGUCCCUUUCUGA